CACGUUAAUAGUAUAAAACCUAACAAUACUCUGCAACACUCUAGACUAUUAUUUUAUAAACAGCAAUCAAAUAGUGAACAAUAGUAUUGCAUAAUAAAAACUACUCAGAUUAUUUUUUUAGUUUUAAAUAAAGACAGAACUUUUGUUUAUCAGUCAUGUCCUGUAACAAAAUAUUUAAUACCUCGCUGAUAGCAAUAAUAUAUAUUGUUAUCAAUCUGUUUGGUGACACUCAAGGAUUUACAAACGUUUAUCCGAAAUUAAAAAGUUAUACUCUGAAGAAUGGCGAAGAUGCUGGACAACCUUUGUUUUUGACACCCUACAUCGAGAAAGAAAAGUUUGAUGUUGCUAGAAAAUUAGCUACCGUUCAACAUAAAGAUAUGCUGGAUGUUGGAAGUUACGCCGGAUACUUAACAGUCAACAAAAAAUAUAAUUCUAACAUGUUUUUCUGGUUUUUCCCUGCACAGGUUAAACCCCGAACAGCGCCAGUAGUUUUGUGGCUUCAAGGUGGCCCGGGAGCAAGCUCUCUCUUUGGUCUCUUCACCGAAAAUGGACCUUUUAGAGUUGACAAAAACAUAACUCUUCAAAUGCGCAAAUAUAGUUGGAGUGUAUCGCACAAUUUAAUCUACAUAGACAAUCCAGUUGGUACGGGUUACAGUUUCACAGAUCAUGAUGAUGGAUAUGCGAAAAAUGAAACCCAAGUAGGUGAAGAUUUAUAUUCAGCGUUAGUACAAUUUUUCCAGUUAUUCUCAGAACUCCAAAACAAUGAUUUCUAUGUAACUGGUGAAUCAUAUGCUGGCAAGUACGUCCCAGCAGUGGCGUACACAAUUCAUCAAAACAACUUAACAUCAAAAACAAAAAUAAACUUAAAAGGUAUAGCCAUUGGUAACGGUCUCACUGAUCCAAUAAAUCAGUUGAAUUACGGGGACUAUCUUUACCAGUUGGGUUUGAUUGAUUUCAAUGGCAGGGAAAAAUUUCAUGCUUAUGAAGAUCAAGGAAGGGCGUUUAUUAAUCAAAGUAAAUACGACGAAGCUUUUGAAAUAUUCAACAAACUCCUUGAUGGUGAUUUGAGUUCUCCACCAACUCUUUUUCAAAAUCUAACUGGAUUCAAUUUCUAUUUUAAUUAUUUACACACAAGCGAUUCUAAUGAGUCGGAUUGGAUGAGCCAAUGGGUGCAGAGCGUUGGUGCAAGGCGCGCUAUUCACGUCGGAAACUGUUCUUUCAAUGUUGAAAAUUCAAAAGUGGAAGAGCAUUUGAAAAACGAUAUCACUCGGUCGCAGGCUGAUAAAGUCGCUGCUCUGCUCCAGUACUACAAAGUACUGAUUUACAAUGGACAACUUGACAUAAUCGUUGCUUAUCCGCUGACAGAAAACUAUCUGAUGAACUUAAAAUGGUUUGGCGCGGACACUUAUAAGAAAGCUGAUCGCAGAGUCUGGAAAGUUGGCAAUGAAAUUGCUGGAUAUGUCAAACAUGCUCACAAUUUAAUUGAAAUUCUUGUACGCAAUGCUGGACACAUGGUACCUGCAGAUCAGCCGAAAUGGGCAUUUGAUUUAAUUAGUCGAUUUACUAACGUCAAGACUUUUUAAUCCAACAAAUUUAUUUUAAUAAUUAAAAAUAUAGAUAAAGACACUGGCAAUCCUGUAAUUAUGAAAUUUAAGUAAUAUGUAUAAUUAAUUUUUUAUUAUAUAUAAUGUUUACUUGAAUUAACUAUUCAUAUUAAUGCUCAGGUUAUCGAUGAUUAAUUAAACAGAUUAAAUAAUAAUAAGUGUUAAUAAUAAUCAAAUAUUUAUCAAGGUUAAUUAUUUCAAUAUUUUUAAUUACGAUUCUUAGUUUAAUUGCAAUGUGAUUGGAUUAGUGUCUUUAUGCUGUAAGAUAAGAGAUAAUGAUUAAAAACAAUGCUUGCAAUGA